AUGGUGUCAGCAUAUCUUUACAAAUCAACUCUUGAACUGCGAAUUGCAGUUAGUUUUUUUAAAUCGCUUUUAGAUGUUUUGCUAUCUCUGCAAGAAUUAUUCGACGAUUACGAUACUAAAGCAAAUGAGGCAAGUGAUACUGAGAACAGUGAUGAAAAUCAGCGUGUGCGAAGAAGAAAAAGGCAUCACUUUGACGGAUCUGCAGAUAAAAUUGUGACCAAAGAAGAAGAUAAGUUAAACAUACAUAUUAGCCUGUCCUAA